AUGAGUCUCUCAAAGCCUCGAGAGGGUCAAUUCGUGAUGGUGUUAUUGGAGGCGUUUGAACCAAAUGCACUUCCGAGUUAUUUCAAGAAGAAGGACAUCAAAACUAUCUUGUCGGAGGAGGCUAAAAAACUGAAAUUGGAGGAACACCUGAAAAAGAUGGAAGAAGAUUUCUUCUCGAUGGAUGAUGGUAUGCAUCAGGAGGAUGCAUCUCCGGAAUUCAAUGAUCGUGAAACUCAUCCUCACCAGAUGACUUCGAGUCAUUAUGGUUCUUCCUAUUCUCCAAGAACCUCCAUACCUUUAUCAGAACAACAUCAUGAUCGAGACAAUUUAGAAUCAGCAGAUCUUCCACCCAGCUCUCGAUACCGAAUUAGAGGUUCGACUUUCCAAAAAUCAUCAGCAAAAAAUGUUGCGUUGGGGCAAACUCGAUCGACGUCUUUGUUGACAGCAAAAGGACGAUCGCAUUCCUUUCGAACGAUAGGAAGUAAUUAUUCAAAAAAGACGAAAAACGAAAUUAUUUCAUCAACACCGCUCAAUACCUCAUGCACAACUGAUCAUUUAACAAUAUCACCAAUGUAUAAAUUCAAUGCCACAUCAUCAAAGCCUCCUAAAAGCACGAAAGAAAUUAAAUCGAAUACCUUCCUCACAGAAAUUGACUAUUCUGAAGAUGGUGACCCAUUUGCAUCAAUAGAAAAUUUGGAUUUGGAAAAUUCGCCAAAGAAAGACAAAACAAAACAUUCCAAGAAAAUGGAAAAAUACAUAAAACAACGAGAAUACGAUGAAUAUUUACAUUCAAAUUUACAACGACGAACAGAUAUGUACACGAAUGGAGAAGAAAAACGAACUGCUACAUUUUCGAGAGCAAAAGCAAAUACGUUAACCAAGGCACCUCCAAAGCUUCCCAAGCUUGCUCAUCGUAAUUUAUUUGCUAGCCCUGUUUGUGGUGCAGUUUCUUUAGAGAGCGUUAAACCAAGCAAUUUAAAAGUUGGAAUUGUAAUAGAGUGUCGAGAAAAGGAUGUACUGUUGAGUAUUAUUUACAAGGAAGGAGUAUUUUUGCAUUACUUCAAUGUGAAAGAGUCUGUACCCUACAAUAGACUUGUUGUGCUCACACAGGACGAAUACAAAAUUUUACUGGGAGAAGCGUGGAUGGAGCGAUUAGUUGACUUUGAAAUGGGGUCAACAAGAGAUCAUGCCAAUUCAUUUACUCCCACUAGCAUUUCAGAUUAUAAGAGCAAGGAAUGGUUACAAUUGAGAAAGAAAAUGAUGACCGCUCUCAACAAACUCAAGAAACGGAAAGGUAUUGACGAUGACACAUUCCUAAAUACUCCAACCUAUCAAGAUUUGAUGCGAGAAAUUGAGGAGGGAAAUGAGGAUGUGUAUUUGGAUACCUACCGAGAUGUUCGACAGAACCAGCAACAACGAUUAAUGAAAGAGGAUGAUGAGGAUCGAGAAAAAGUUGUUGAACAGUGGAAUGAGAGGUUGGAAAACGUUCAUGCUCUCAAGCUUAAUGAACAUGGUCUCUUGUCUCAAAAAAGAAAUUCCACUCUGAGAGAUUUGAGCGAAAAUUUAUCGAAUAAGAUGGGCCAACUUCUUGCCUACGAGGAAACAAUAUUAUCAUCAAUUCAACCUUCGUUCCAACAAGAUGGGUCAUCAAUACUGUCUCCAGAUGCAUCUAAAUUACGAAACAAUUUUAAAAAGACACCUUUCAGAGCAUCCAUGAGUUCCUCCAUGUUGAACUCAACCAUGAUGAAUGCCAACAAUGUUUCUACCAAUAUGACGGCCAGCUUUCUAUCUCCACGAACUCCACGAACAUUUUAUUUGGAAAAUUUGUCUGGAAAACUCUUGUCAGGAAAGGUUGUGUUUGUUGAUCCUAUUACUCUCAUCAUGAAUGUCAUCGUGACCUACCAUAAUAGAAAGUCUGUACAUGAUCCCGUACUUUCUCCUAGAAUGGCAAACUCACCCAGAUCGAAAACAUUUAAGGAACUGAGACUUGACCUGCACGAAGAAUCGACAUCCUCAAUCAUGGUAUACCUCUAUUUGGACAAGAUAUCAUUCACAGUUGAAGAAGAAAACACUGCUGCAACUGCUUAUGGCCCAAUUACCUCGAAGCUUAUUGGUAAACAAGUGAUGAUAUACAUUCCCAUGACAACCACAGCCAUCACCAAAAAGAAUGGAACUGAAAUUAAUACUAUUGACACUUCACUUCCUUGUGAUAUGUGGCUCGUGUCUGAAGGAGACGAUUGUCUCAAAUCAAGUCAAAUUAUUAACAAGGAUAUUCUUACCAUAGAUUUACCUGGAAAAAUUUGGAUUAAUAAGUGGGCUGUUGAACAAGGUUUAGCAGUUCUUAAUAUCAAUAAUACAAGUGUGAGAAAUGAGGAGAGCAAUAUCACAAGUAUUAACAAACCUUACUUUGAUCAACAAAUGAAAAUAUUGAAAGAGGCAGAAAACUUUGCAAAACAACACGAUGUUGGAAUUUGGGGAUUUAAAAACAUGCAACUAAAAAUGGAAAAGGAACAGGAGAGAAUUCAAAGAUGGAAAUUUAGAACAGGACAAAGCGAUACAAAACCACGUGCACCAACCCCAAUCAGGGAUCCAUUUCAAAAAGAGGGAGGAAGCUUAUUCAGAGAGGCUGAUCGAAAAAACAUGUCCUAUCUCGAUUUUAAAGGUGACUAG